UCUGCUUGCUAAGAAAGCAAAUGAUGUGGAUCCGUAAUGGGGAGGAAGGAAGAGCGAUGUCCCGGCUGUCUUUGACACGCUCCCCAGUUUCUCCUUUGGCGGCGCAAGGAAUUCCUCUCCCGGCUCAGCUCACCAAAGCCAACGCCCCCGUCCACAUUGAUGUGGGAGGACACAUGUACACCAGCAGCCUGGCCACUUUGACCAAGUACCCGGAUUCCAGAAUAAGCCGUCUGUUUAAUGGCACAGAACCUAUAGUCUUGGACAGUUUAAAACAGCACUAUUUUAUUGACCGGGAUGGUGAAAUUUUCAGAUACAUCUUAAGCUUCUUAAGAACAUCGAAACUGCUGCUCCCGGAAGACUUCAAGGACUUCCAUCUUUUAUACGAAGAGGCCAAGUACUACCAGCUGCAGCCGAUGAUCAAGGAACUGGAGCGAUGGAAACAAGAGAAGGAGCAGAGGAAACAUUUCCGGCCAUGUGACUGCUUGGUGGUGAGAGUGACGCCGGAUCUCGGGGAAAGGAUUGCGCUGAGCGGGGAGAAAGCCCUCAUUGAAGAGAUUUUCCCAGAGACGGGGGACGUCAUGUGCAACUCUGUAAAUGCGGGCUGGAAUCAAGACCCUACCCACGUCAUCAGAUUCCCGUUGAACGGAUACUGCCGGUUGAAUUCAGUGCAGGUGCUCGAGCGGUUGUUUCAGAAGGGUUUCACGAUGGCCGCAUCCUGUGGCGGAGGUGUGGAUUCCUCUCAGUUCAGUGAAUACGUCCUAUGUCGUGAAGACAGGAGACCACAGCCCAACACCACCAUCAGGAUUAAGCAAGAGCCCCUGGACUAAAGAUAACCCCCCCCCUUUCCCUUCCUUUGUGAACGUAGAAGUGUUUAAUAGUCCCUUGUGUGGAAACACUACGGAUUCGCAAACAGUAUUACAGAAGCAGGCGGUUCUGACCCUUGCCGGUUAGGGGGCAUGUCGGAAGCUACCCAUGCCCGCCGUGGUCUCACCUUGGCAGCAGGGGCAACAUCAGAACACAUGCCAAUUCAUUCGUUACCUUCCGUCGGGCCCUGAGCACGCUUGGCAUCCGGAUGUUCUGUGACUGCCUGGUGUGUGGGAGACCAGCCUGGCUUCAGCGGCAAACUGACUUUCAACUGGAUUUCUCUUGGGAAGAGACAUUUGUGACAUUUGUAGACGUCUGUUGAAGGGACAUGUCUGCCAGCAUCCCAGAGGAUCGCUCGUCCUCCGUCGGUGGCAUGGAGGACUUAGGACCAGCCAAAAAGGAGCUGGCAUUGUCUUCUGAGUGGCCUCCCCCACCCCUACCGACUACCAUCUCCAGGGCAGCUUCCCCUAACAGACAGACUCGCAUCUUCCUUCGUUAACCCAUGCUAUGAUUUCCUUUGCUCAUUGUAUCAAAUGGCCUAUUUUUAUACUAUGCUUCUGAUGGUCUUUGUACAGAAGCCACUGCAAACAGUGGCCAAUUUGUAUUUUUUUUUUUCUGGUGCUGAACUCUUCUGGAAACCCAUUCGAGUCCCAAACCAUCCACCUUGCAGAUCAACAAAGAGUAUGCCAUGGUAGUAUUUGAUCCGUUGCUCCCACAAGGGAGGAAAGGUGUAACUCCCACAGAACAUUGGCAAAUUUUGGAAACAAGAGACUCAGAGAAAAGGUCUCAGUAUUAAACAUCCCCUGUUCUGGAUCCCAAGUUUAGGCUGUGCUGUUCUUUCAUACACCAUAGAUUUUACCAUUGGAGGUCACUGAAACGGGGGGGGGGGAUGGUCUUGCAGCUUCCGCCCGAUUUGAAACUCUUUAGGAUGCCUUGAAGGAAUGCACAAAAACACAACCCUUUUUUCAUUAGAUCAGGUUGUGAUCUCACAGGUUUAUAUCUGAUGUAUUGAUCUUCUUACAGGGAAUGACUUUAAAAACUAAUGGCGUUAAACAACCCUUGGUUUUAGGGCUUGGCUUUCUUGGGAUAAACUGAUCCAUUUUUACCUGGCUUAGCAGAAAUAAUUGUUCCUCUUGCAACACCCGAAUCCCUGAAUACACAAGGAUGUUUGUUUUUGGCCACAUAAAGAUAAGUCGAAUCAGCUGUGUGGAAGGGGAGAGUAGGAUCACACUUCUUGGGUUGGACCCACAACCUGUCCUCCCCUCCCUGGAUGUGUCUUGUGAGCUGAGCCAGUGGCCUUCGGCUCCGUGUGUGUCACCCCCAUCCUUCACAGGCGCUGUCCACAAAAUACGGUAAACGCCCAGGAGACGGAGACCUCUGUGCUCAGCUUGAACAGAGCUAUGAAAUGCCCAAGUUGGAACUACUAUGUAUGACUGUCUCUUCUCUCCCCCACCCCCAUCCUGGGGAUCUUGCAAAAGGCUUAUUUAAAGACAUCAUUAAUUUACGGCCACAUCUGAU